AUGACCAAUCUAACAAAUAGCUCCAUUAAUAGGAGGCCAUUACAGAAUGUAGAGGGAAAUAAUAGGUGCCAAAGUAAGGCAAAAAUCUAUGGAAACAAAUAUUUCAUUCACUGCCUUCAUCUUGAGAAAAUAACCCUCUCCUCAAGAAGAAAACAAGACAUAGAAGGUGGAGACAAGUUAAAUGUGACUUGCCGUGCUUCCUGUCCGCGGUCACGUAGGCAGCGGAAAGCCGUACCAGGCGCCUGCGCGCUGGGAAGGGUAGGCUCAGAGUGCUUUCCGGAACCCGGUGAGUGGUGGACUGCGCAGGCGGCCGGAUUCCACUCAGUUUCCGGUCCGGCGAACACCAAAGUCCAGGAAUCUAAGCAUUUUCAGUUUCUGGGAUUGUUAGGAAGCUGCAGGAGCGAGAUGGAGGUGGACGCACCGGUUGUUGAUGGUCGAGAUGGUCUCCGGGAGCGGCGAGGCUUGAGUGAGGGAGGGGGGCAGAACCUCGAUGUGCGGCCUCGGUCUGGGGCAAACGGGCUUCCCAAACACUCUUACUGGUUGGACCUCUGGCUCUUCAUCCUUUUCGAUGUGGUGGUGUUUCUCUUUGUGUAUUUUUUGCCAUGACUCGUUUGCUGAUAUCUAAAUUAAGAAGUUGGUUCUUGAGUGAAUUCUGAAAAUGGCCACAAACUUCUUGAAUAAAGAAGACAAGACUCUCAACAGAAGAAUUUCACAUCUCCAAGGGACCCUUCCUUUCAUUUUACACUUUGUUACUAAUUUGCAGAACUCUAUUAAAUGGGUAGGAUUUCACCCAUUCCUAGCUAAGUUGUUAAAAUUAAACCAUUUGGUUCUUUAAAAACUUUCCAACAUCUAAUGGCUUUACAGGAGCUGAAUAUAAAAGCAUUUAUACUUAAAGGUCUUGUGUAUUCAUUAAGAAAUAUAGUAAUGUCUUUUAAUGUUUUAAGAGUUGAUGAGGAUUUAAUAUGAUGCAAGUAAUAGGGUGAUUAAUAAGGGAAGGUGUUUAUGAAUUCAAAAGCCAAUUCAAAAGCAGGGAAAGAUUUUGAGAGAGGGAACAAAGUAUUCUUAGAUUGCAUAGAGGCUAAGUUCCAGUUUUAAUUUUUAGGUUUAGUUGGACUCUGUUAUGAAAAGAUAGGUUAUGGGUGGACGACAGGUUAAUACAGGUUUAGAAAAAGCAGGUAAUAUCAAAAUAUUGGAAAGCUAGCAUGCAUGCCCUCUUACCUGGGUAUCUUCCCCCUUUUUUCCUUUUAAACUCUUGAGCCUCCUAGAACGAAGGAUUAUGUGUUUCAAACCUAUUUUUUAUUACUGUUAAUGGCAUUAAGUGUGCUUGUGCCCAAAACAUUUAUUUUUAUAGUAUCUGUAACUUGCUUAAAUACUUCAGCGAAGUCAGCAUAUUUACUCAUUCAACAAAUACUUGAGCCAGGUAUUAUUUUAGACACAGCAGUGAACAGAACAAAAAGGCAUUCUUGCCUUCAUAGAGCUUACAUUCUUACUGUUAUUUAAAUCUAAAUGUUAUAAAACAAGAAUUUACAUUCUAGGGUUGAUCAGCUGGUAUUUAAUCAAAAAGGCCACACUCCCAUAGCAGCUACUCUAAGCUGUAGUAGCUAAUCAAAAAUAAUACUGUUGGUCGGGCACAGUGGCUCAACGCCUAUAAUCCCAGCACUUUGGGAGGCCAAGGGCAGUGGAUCACUUGAGGUCAAGAGUUGUGAGACCAGCCUGGCCAACCUGGUGAAACCCUGUCUCUACUAAAAAAUACAAAAAAAAAUUUAGCCGGGCAUGUUGGCAUGCACCUGUAGUUCCAGCUACUCGGGAGGCUGAGACAUAAGAAUUGCUUGAAUCCAGGAGGUGGAGGUUGCAGUGAGCCAAGAUGGGGCCACUGCACUCCAACCUGGGCAACAGAGACCCUGUCUCAAAAAGAAAAUAUUCCUGUUAGCCCUAAAGGCUUUACAUGAGGAAUGGUAAAAGUGGUCUCUUGUUUAAAUUAGUUGCAUUCAGUAUAUAUAAAUUGUCUUAAAUAUUUUGAGAAUAUUCCCCUCCCUUUUAAACAGGGAAUAAGAUGUGGUAAACUCUGUGUAUCUUCCUACGUUUCAAAAUGGUUCUUAGCGUUAGUCAAGUCUGGAAUAUAAUUCCUGAGUAAAAGUUAGCAAUCAUGCCUUUAAGGUGUUGCUGCAUCAACCUAAAGAGAACCAUCUAUGGAAGGUAUGGUUGAAACAUCUGUGGGAACACAGAACUGGGAUUUCACUGAGUUUACCAAAUCAAUUGUGUGAACUGUUUCUGCACUGCUUGCUAAUGGUUUCAUCUAGUAAGUGUUUACUUAUAUAGCUGAGUUUGGUUUUAUUGUAACAGAUUACCUGGUGGUGAGAUUGUGAGGUGAUUAACAGUUCUCACAGUUUACUGUUAGGUCACACACAGACUUCCGAUCAUAAUCCAUACUGUCUUUUUGAGCCUAAAAUCAGCCUACUACCACAACUACCAGAUAUUCUAGUAUAGUGAAGAUGGAGAGAUCUUGGUGUGAAGGUUAAUUUUAUGUGUCAUCUUGAUUAUGCUAGAAGAUGCCCAGAUUUCUGGGUUUGUCCAUGAGGGUGUUUGCAGAAGAGAUUAGCAUUUGAAUCAGUAGAUCAAAUAAAAAAGAGCCAUCCACUCCACUGUGGGUGGGCAUCAUCCAAUCCUGUGAGGGCCUGGCUGGAAUAAAAAGGCAGAGGAAGGGCAAAUUCUCUCUUCUCUCUGCUUGAAAUGGGACAUCCAUGUUCUAUCCUUGGACAUUGGUUCUCCUGAUUCUCUGGCUUUCAGACAUGGAGCAGGGCCCCUUGGUUCUCAGACCUUUGGACUUGGACUGGAACUACACCAUUGGCUUUCCUGGGCUUACUGUCUGCAGACAGCAGAUGGUGGGACUUCUCAGCCUCCAUAAUCAUGUGAACCAAUCCCUCAUAAUAACUUUAUUUCUAU